AUGUUUCCUAAUUUGCAACUUACCAAAGAUGGUGAACUGUUUGAAGAUAUUGAGAGGUAUGGAAGACUGGUUGGAAAGUUGAACUAUCUAACAGUCACUCAUCCUGACAUUGCGUACUCUGUUAGUGUAGUAAGUCAAUUCAUGUCUUCUCCUACAGCUGACCAUUGGGUAGCGUUAGAGAAGAUUUUGUGUUAUCUAAAAGGAGCUCCAAGACGUGGUAUUUUGUACAAAAAUCAUGGACAUAAUAAUAUUGUGUGCUUCUCUAAUGCUAAUUGGGCGGGUUCCAAGAUAGAUAAGAGAUCCACUAUGGGCUAUUAUAUUUUUGUUGGUGGAAAUUUGGUCUCAUGGAAAAGUAUGAGGCAAACUGUUGUGUCCCGGUCUAGUGUAGAAUCUAAAUAUAGGGCUAUGGCCCAGUCUGUGUGUGAAGUAAUAUGGAUAUAUCAAUUUUUGAUUGAAGUUGGUCUUAUGGCCUCUUUGCCAGUGAAAUUGUGGUGUGAUUACCAAGCCGCUCUUCAUAUUGCUUCUAAUCCCGUAUUUCAUGAACAAACUAAGCACAUUGAAAUUGACUGUCAUUUCAUUCAUGAGAAAAUACAGCAAGGUUUAGUGUCUACAGGAUAUGUGAAGACUGGAGAGCAACUAGGAGAUGUUUUCACUAAAGCUUUGAAUGGGGUUCGGAUUGAUUAUAUUUGUAACAAGUUGAGCAUGAUUAACAUCUAUGCUCCAUCUUAA